CCCCCCCCCCCCGAGUCUGCGAAUGAAGCUGGUCGUAGAGCAGGGGCGGCGCUGGGACAAGGACAUCAUGAUGUUUGCCCGCCAUCUUGACUCGUGCUCGCACAAACGGUUUUUGCACUGAAUCUGCAACUUGGAGUGAACACUCGAAGCGAGGUGGCGCGCGCGCGCGCGCACGCUGAUGCCCCUCAGGUGACUCACGGUGGACGUCACGUGCCAACGAGCAGCUCCGAUUGCGUGCGCCGGUUGUUAGUGGUUACCUGUUGCCACGGUGACGGCCUCCAUCCGAGCUUCCAUCCAGAAAGACUCCGCUCGAGGCAGCUCCCUCGCGCGCAAACCUUGUCAAGAACAAACAAACAAACAAACAAACACAAAUACGAUGAUGAUGAUUCCGAAAGUAAGAGUACAGGCAAUGUCGCAAUAGGCCCCGCCCCCGUGUCCAUAAAUGGUCACGUCCGAUGGCAACGAGAUGAAGACAGAGGCCAAAUAAAAAUAAACUUUUGUUCAGCGUGUGAUUUGUGACUGGACCUGAACUCACCGCCUGUCAGCCUGAAUUAAAGCGGCGUUGUGUCAUGCUGCCCUCAAGGAGCAACGCAACACACACACACACACACGCACACGCACACACACACAUCUGGUGUCUGUUGGGAAAUGCUGCACUUGUGACGUUAUUGGUACAAAUGUCCCAAGGGCUGCCUUGUGCUGUGUGGACGCCGUAGCCCGCGGGCCACCUACUACUCGCGUUGUUGCCAUUGUGGCGUGUGAGGGCGAGUGUGCGGGGGGUGGACGACAGUGUUGCUUAAUCCAGGGGGGGAUGCUGAUCAUGAUCAGGCUGCUGCAUGAGAUAAGGAAAAGGGAUAAAUAUAGCAUUCAUGCUUUGUUGUCUUAAUCCGACCGCAGGGCGAAGAAAAUAACCUUUUAAAUAGGUCACUGUGCGUGUGUGCGCGCGUGUGUGUCCAGUGUAAGUUUGGAUGACCGAGUACAUUUGAGGCUGGUCGCUCUUAAAGGGCCAGCGUGGACAAAUCGUCCAGUCCGAGGCUGAAUUUCUCCCAUGGAGAUGAAGUUCAUUGUGGGUAAAACCACAUCAAACAAGAUGCUGUGUGCGAGCGCGCGCGCGUGUGCAUGCGAGUGAGUGUUGGUCUGCCGAGCAGCACAAAGACGAGUGACGCGCGUGUGCGUGGCAUCUUAUAUAAGAUGAGGACAUCAAGGGUCCUGAUGUGCACGCUUUCUUUUCUUUUCUUUUCUUUUCUUUUUCCUCCUCUCUCUCAACAUUCCCCCCGAAAUGAAUAAAUGAUUACAGCGACAUGAAGGUUUGCUGAUUUUACAUUUAAAAAAAAAAAAAAGACAACCGGGAGUCUAAAGAGAGAAAAGAGCGAAAGAGUCAGUCACGCGCAGAGUGGGGCUGGGGGCAGGUCGGCGGCGGGGGGUCGCGCGCGCGAGGGGGCGGAGAGACGCCGCUCCUCCGCCGUCCUCGCAUUCUCACUCCGCUCCUGCCACGGCUUCAUCUUCAUCUCCUCCGGCGCAUCCUCUUCCUCGUCUCGGAUCUUCCGGGAUGCCGACGGCCUCCGUCAACAAGUGCGCGUGAGCGGCGCGGCGCCGCGCGGCGCGGCGCUCGAGUGUGAUGGAGGUGGCUCUGGUGAGCCUGCAGGAGAACGGAGGCGCCAACAAUGGAGAGCAGCAGCAGCAGCAGCAGCUCCGCUCGGCGCUCAUGGACGACCUGGGCAAGGAAAUAAACGCUCCUCCUCCUCCUCACCACCACCACCACCAUCAUCCUCAUCCCCAUCCUCAUCCUCAUCCUCAUCCUCAGCCUCAGCCUCCUCUUCCCCCGCCGCCUCCCGCGUGGAGGAUCAACGACAUGAACAGCGCGCUGAGCUGCAGCGAGAACGCCAUGGACGCGCUGCUACGCGCCGACCACAGCCCGCACGUGUUCGACGACGAGCUCCCGGACCCGGACCCGGACUCGGACAGCAACGAGCGCGUGCUCGUCAACAUCGCCGGCCUCCGCUACGAGACGCAGCUGGGCACCCUCAACCAGUUCCCGGACACGCUGCUCGGGGACCCCGCCAAGAGGAUCAAGUACUUCGACCCGCUGCGCAACGAGUACUUCUUCGACCGCAACCGGCCCAGCUUCGACGGCAUCCUCUACUUCUACCAGUCGGGCGGCAAGAUCCGCAGACCCGUCAACGUGUCCAUCGACGUGUUCGCCGACGAGAUCCGCUUCUACCAGCUGGGCGAGGAGGCCAUGGAGCGCUUCCGCGAGGACGAGGGCUUCAUCAAGGAGGAAGAGAAGCCGCUGCCGCGCAACGAGUUCCAGAAGCAGGUGUGGCUGAUCUUCGAGUACCCGGAGAGCUCGAGCCCGGCGCGCGGCAUCGCCAUCGUGUCGGUGCUGGUCAUCACCAUCUCCAUCAUCACCUUCUGCCUGGAGACGCUGCCCGAGUUCCGCGACGAGCGCGAGCUGCGGGCGGCCGGACGGCCCGGCAACGGCACGGCGGCGCGGCCCCCGCUCGCCUUCGCCGACCCCUUCUUCAUCGUGGAGACCACCUGCGUCAUCUGGUUCACCUUCGAGCUCUUCGUGCGCUUCUUCGCCUGCCCCAGCAAGUCCGAGUUCUCCAAGACGGUGAUGAACAUCAUCGACAUCAUGUCCAUCAUGCCCUACUUCAUCACGCUGGGCACCGAGCUGGCCGAGCAGGGCCAGGAGCACCCGAACGGCCAGCAGGCCAUGUCGCUGGCCAUCCUGCGCGUCAUCCGCCUGGUGCGCGUCUUCCGCAUCUUCAAGCUGUCGCGCCACUCCAAGGGUCUGCAGAUCCUGGGGCAGACGCUGAAGGCCAGCAUGCGCGAGCUGGGCCUGCUCAUCUUCUUCCUCUUCAUCGGCGUCAUCCUCUUCUCCAGCGCCGUCUUCUUCGCCGAGGCCGACGAGCCCGAGUCGCACUUCUCCAGCAUCCCCGACGCGUUCUGGUGGGCCGUGGUCACCAUGACCACGGUGGGCUACGGCGACAUGCGCCCCGUGACGGUGGGCGGCAAGAUCGUGGGCUCGCUGUGCGCCAUCGCCGGCGUGCUGACCAUCGCGCUGCCCGUGCCCGUCAUCGUGUCCAACUUCAACUACUUCUACCACCGCGAGACCGACCAGGACCAGUCGUCGCUCAAGGACGAGCCGGCGCCGCCCGAAGGCAAGGCGGGCGCGCCGGGCCCCGAGGAGAAGGAGGAGGAGUCGUCGGGGGCGCCGGACAAGGGCGACGUCAAGGCCAACAGCGGCCUGGACCUGAAAAGUUCUCUGUACGCCUUCUGCCUCAACACGCGGGAAACCGACUUGUAGGGGCGCGGGACUCGCGACCUUUUCCGAAGACUUUGACUUUGAACUCUUUCCUGCCUCGUGCACGGCGCGCGCGCGCACGUGAGCUUUGGUUUGGAUACG